ACUCAUUCCGCCAUUUCCACUCCGAAUCAAGGAAACAUGAAGUUUUUUGGACUUUUCAAGAGGAGGACAAUGCCGGAAGAAAUGAGGGACGUUUAUGACAGACUACAAGCUCAAAAAAAGAAAAAUAAAAACCCGCGUGGCAAGUAUAAUAAGCUUGUCAUGAAGCAAAAAGGGGGAAGCCAGCUUGAGAAUUGUCUACAAAAGAUAGAAGUCACCAAAGCUCAAAUAAAAGAAUUGAGCGAACAAUACAAUGACAUGGCUUCUGAAAUGGCCAGGAGAAAGAAGGGAGGAAGUAAGUACAUAAAGAAAAGACUACUGGAGAAGAAGAUUAUGGAAAUUAAAGACAUUUUUUAUGAAAUGCAGCAAGAGAAGAAGGUUUGA